AGCCAGACAAUAAAUCAAUCCAAGCCCAUCAAUCACCGAGUCCCACUCGGUCUCCCGACUCAGCCACCAGCAUCGAAACUCGUUCCCAGAACUCACCCCCCACCACCACCGCGUCGUCAUCAUCGCUCCGGAGAAGAUAAAGAGAGAGCGAGAUAGACGAAGGGGCGGAAGAAAGGAAGAAUCUCUCUCUCUCUCUCUCUCUCUUUUCUCUCUUUUCUCGCGCCUCAGCCUCGCGCCACCCAUGGAUUCUCCCGCCACCCCCGCCGCCGCCGCCGCCCCGCUCUCCGAUUCCCAGCAGCGCCACCUCCUCCACAAGCUCGACCUCUUCAGGCUCCAGGGCCGGGACCGCCGCGGCCGCGCCGUCCUCCGCGUCGUCGGCAAGUUCUUCCCCGCCCGGUGGGUGAGCGUCGAGGCGUUGACGAAGCACCUGGCGGAGGGGGUCUUCCCCAAGCUGGAGGACCGCAAGUUCGCGGUGGUGUACGUCCACAGCGGCGUCCGGAGGAGCGAGAACUGCCCCGGGAUCUCCGCCCUCCGGUCGGUCUACGAGGCCAUCCCCGCCGGCGUCAAGCGCAACCUCGAGGCCGUGUACUUCGUCCACCCGGGGCUGCAGGCCCGCCUCUUCCUCGCCACCUUCGGCCGCCUCCUCUUCGCCGGAGGGUUGUAUGAGAAGAUAAAGUACGUGAACAGAGUGGAGUUCCUGUGGGAGGAGGUGAGGAGGAACGAGGUGGAGCUGCCGGAGUUCGCGUACGACAUCGACGACGAGAUGGAGCGCCGCCCCGUCAUGGCGGACUACGGCUCGGAGAGCGACCACCUCCGCCUCCCCCACGGCGCGCCCUUCAUGGACCCCGCCGCCGUCUCCUGCUACUCCAUGAGGUGCAUCGCCUGAAGUCGGGUUCACAGUAAAACAUAGCGACGGUGUCGAUAUUUUUCGUAAAUAUUUAAUUUUCAAUUUUUCUGUGUUUUUUUUUUUUUUUUUUUUUCGGGUUCGGGUCUCUUCGGGGACCUGCUUAUGUUUCAUAGAACAGUUUUGGGACACGGUGUGCCGUGUCGUGUGCCAUGUCGUGUGCCGUGUCGAGAGAGACGGUAUCGAACGCAAAAGAAAGGUGCGGGAUCGCUUUCCCUUCCCUUUGAUCCGUUGACUGUUGACUUUUGGGGGCCACAUAUUGCAUAAUCAAGUUUAAUGCAUUGAACGUCUAAGGAGUACAGGGGCAUCGCCAAGGUGACAAACGACGAGAAAGACAAAUGGUGUUGCAACAGCUUCUUAGGGUGCGUCUGAAUGUGGUCUUAGCGUGAUCAUUUAUGUACACCAUGCGACGGAGGUAUCCCUGUUGAAUAGGAUUGGUAUGCCUGAUGAAAAUUACACAUAUUGGAAAAAAAUUCAUGAUCAUGAUUAAUACAAUGUCAUGUAAAUUUUAUGUGAGAUUCAUAAAAUUUGAUGUCUUGAUGUUCACAUGAA